AUGGAAUUUUUAUCUGCUAAAGAUACAUUUAUCCCCAACUACAAAUGUAAUGACCAGACCAAUACAGUAGCUGUCAUUGGAGGACCCCAGACUAAAACCUGUCUCAACAUGGCAAUCAGCCUGUUCAACUACAAAUUUCCCCAGAUCACAUAUGGAUCGGCACCUUUGAUGAGUAAUGACCAAGCAGGAAUUUUUGUCAAAUGGAUGUUCCCUGAUGAGAUCCACCAACUGAAAGGAGUGCUACACUUGCUAUUGCAUUUUGGAUGGACCUGGGUUGGGAUGAUUUCUCUGUUUGAGGAAGAUAGGGAGAGGUUUGUUCAAAAGAGCCUUUCCAUGUUUUCAGAGAGAGGAAUCUGCUUUGACUUUAUAGAAUGUCUACCUCAAAUGAUGUAUGGUAGUGAAGCUGCUGAAAUGGUGGAAAAGGCAGAUAAAAUAUACAAAGUGAUCAUGUGGAGUACAGUCAUUGCAGUGAUCUUCAAUGCUGAAAUUACAAGCAUAGUGACAUUGACGAUGAUGCUGUCUGUUUUAGAUUCUGAUGAUAUUCCAAAAGAGAGAAAAGCCAAAGUUUGGGUCAUGACAGCUCAAAUGGAAUUCACUUCUAUUCUAAUGCAAAGACCAUUGCCUAUUGAUUUUCUCCAUGGUGCAAUUUCCUUUGCACUUCGCUCAAAGAAGCUGACAGGAUUUCAACAAUUUAUGCAGAAGAAAAACCCAAACCUAGAAAAAGAUGAUGGAUUUAUUAGGGAUUUCUGGAAAGAUGCAUUUGAAUGCUCAUUUUCCAGUGAUAUUACAGAUGAGAAUGCUGAAAGGAUCUGCACUGGAGAAGAAAAGCUGGAGACUCUUCCUAAUUCUGUCUUUGAGACCACAAUGGGUGGACAUAGUUACAGCAUCUACAAUGCAGUCUAUGCUGUGGCACAUGCUCUGAGGGACUUGUAUGCCUCCAAACUCAAGGACAGUCGGAAAAUUGAUAAGAAGAGCUGGGAGUACUUCCUUCAGUCACCAUGGCAGACAUUGCCUCUUUCCAUCUGUAAUGAGAAAUGUCCUUUUGGCUACAGCAAGGUAAAAAUAGAAGGGAAAUUAUCCUGCUGCUAUGACUGUAGACAGUGUCCAGAAGGGAAGAUAGCUGACCAAAUGGACUUAGAUGAUUGUUUCCCAUGUCAAGAGGAUCAACAUCCAAACAAGGGUCGAGAUAAUUGUCUUCCAAAAACUGUAACUUAUUUGACUUUCCAAGAGCCAUUGGGUAUGUCUUUGGUAAUGACUGCAGUCUCCUUUUCUGUCGUCUCAGCUGCGGUACUAGGAAUCUUCAUUAAAAACCAAAAUACUCCCAUUGUCAAAGCCAACAACAAGAACCUCACCUACGUUCUUCUCGUUGCUCUCCUGCUCUCCUUCCCUUGUACUCUGCUCUUCAUUGGGCAACCUGGUUUAGUGAAAUGUUUGUUGCGACAAACUACAUUUGGCAUCACUUUCUCUACAGCUCUUUCUUGUAUUUUGGGUAAAACAACCAUAGUAGUUCUUGCUUUCAUGGCCACAAAGCCAGGCUCCAAAAUGAGGAAAUGGGUGGGGAGAAGGAUGGCCAACAUUAUUGUCCUAUCUGUCUUCAUGGCUCAGUUCACCAUCUGUGUAGUGUGGUUGGCAAUGUCUCCCCCAUUUCCAGAUUCAGACAUGCACUCCAUGGUUGAAGAAAUUGUCCUGGAAUGUAAUGAAGGUUCAACUGCAAUGUUUUAUACUGUCCUUAGCUUUAUGGGGCUCUUGACCACUGUCACCUUCACUGUAGCCUUCUUCGCUAGGAAUUUACCUGACAGCUUCAAUGAAGCCAAAUUCAUCACCUUCAGCAUGUUGGUCUUUUGCAGUGUGUGGGUAUCAUUUGUUCCCACUUAUUUGAGCACCAAGGGGAAAUAUGUGGUUGCAGUGGAGAUCUUCUCCAUUUUGGCUUCAGCAGCUGGAUUACUGGGCUGCAUCUUUUUUCCUAAGUGCUAUAUCAUUAUUCUGAGACCUGAUUUGAAUAAGAAGGAACAACUAAUGAAAAAAUAA